GUUGAAAAUGAGUCAUGCAGACUUUAUCGACAGUUACAAAGGUCAUAUUUUCCCUCACAAACAUCAAAUUCCUGUGCAAACCAACUCCAGCAUGACCAAUGCAACAUCCAGAACAUGACAGCUGCAGGACUUUAGACCUUGGAUAGCACUAGAUUACUUCCUGUAAAUCAUCUGUAUGUGGAUUCCCCCCAUUGCUUAGUUCCAAAAAACGUCAAUCUGUAAACAUUAUGGCUUUAAUCUGUCUGAAGGCAUCUUCAAGUCCUUUCAAGAUUUCAUGGUCCUCAUAUAAUCUCUAAAAAGAUGGUCUGAUUGCAUCACAAAGUGACAGAAGAGAGAGACAGACGCGUGUGUAAACACAACUGAUGAUGGCGUGCUAAUCUGUCAGAUAUCAACCAGCCCUGCAAAGCGUCCUGCUCAGUCUGCGCUCUGACCACGGGAGGAGAGACGGCGCUCCCCGCCAGUCCCGAGGAGCAAAUUUCCAUUUUCCGAGCUGCCACUCAAGCAACGCGGAGGCUCCACGGAGAGGAGAGGAGGAGACGCGGGGAGGACAUUCCUGCAGCCAUUAAUCAGUCCGCCGAGGAGCCGCGCUCGGCCGCCCGGACCGCCCGCGUGCCCCUGCCCUGCCAGCCAGCCAGCCGGAGCGGAGGCGCGAGUCUCACACCGCGAGCGUCGGUCAUUCGGCGGCGGACGUGAACGGGGAGGAGGAGGAGGAGGCGGAGGAGGGGGCUGAGAGGAGGAAACAGAGCCCGUCUGUCAGAGUUAUUACCCGGUGUGAAUAUAGAGCAGCAGACGAGGAGUCUCUCGUUCUCAGUUCCUGACAGGACGCGUUUUCCCGCUUUCUCCGUGGUUGCUGGUUUACAGCUGUGUUGGUUUGUCUCUAGCCGGAGGUGACUGUAGCCCUGCUCUGAGGAGGGCACCAUGACCCAGGAGGGGCAGGCUCUGCCCUCUCCCACCCCACCUGAGAACACAUUGGAGCCCAACACAGCAACAAACACGACUGAUCUGCCUGCCGAAAUACAUAAUGAGACAGUGGAGGACAGGUCAGAGGCUGUGGAGAGGGACAAUACAGAGGAGGGCAAGGAAGAACAGGAGACCGUAGGACGAGAGGAGGUGGCAGAAAGUGAAGGAGAGGGGAGGGCUGAGGGAAAUGAUGAGGGAGGAGAAGGUGAGUUAAACAAGGUGGAGGAAGGUUCCACUGCUGACGAGCAUCAUCAGAGCAAAAGGGAAGAAGAAGAGGAGAAAAAGGACAAUGAAGACAUGCAGCUACCUGAAGAGAAAGAGGCAACUAACUCUCAACCAACUGAGCGACUUGCAAACGGUAUGAGUGGAAACGAUGAUGAGGACGGGGUUGGAGAGGAGGACGGGGGAGAAGAGAGGGAGGGACAUACAAACCUGGACACUUUCAGCUCCAACUUUGAGACGACUGUGGAGCAGGCCAACACAGAGGUGGAGGACGAUGAAGAGGAAGAGGAGGAAGGGGCCCAGAGAGAUGGAGAUGAAACAGAGCACCAGGACACUUUCAGCUCAGCAUUUGAGCAGAUUGUAGAGCAGGUCGAUGUGCAUGAAGAAGAAGAGGAGAGAGAGUCGGAGGAAGAAGAGAAGGAGAAAAACAAGGUGGUGGAUAAUAAAGAUGGUUUCAGCUCCACAUUCGAGCGCAUUGUGGAGUCUGCCCUGUUAAGGGGCGGCACGUGCUACAGCAGCCUCGACUCUUUGGACGUGCUGUCACUCACGGACGAGACUGACAGCUGCGUCAGCUUUGAGGCACCACUGACUCCACUCAUCCAACAGAGGUCGCUGUUACUGGGGCCUGAACCUCUAGAGCUGGAGCUGGCAACAGUUCAGGAACAAGAAGGGGCUGAGGCGGCACCAGAUGCCCUUGAUAGUGAUGAUAAAACUGGGAAGAGCUCGAUGUGUCCAGGUGGAUCAGAUGGUGCUGUAGGGGGAAGUCCGUUACGGACAACCAUACCAGGGAGCAGGUCGGAGUUUGUGCUGAGCCAGCCUGGACGCUGGGCUAUUCCCAAUGGAUACCACUCAGACUCCCAGGGAGCCGUUGAGGGCAGCAGAGCCAUGAUCAGCUCGGUCAGCGAUGCCAACCUCACAGACGUGCUGUCUGACUCAGAGGAGUGUGAUUUGGGCAGUCUGGAGCACUUGGAGCGAGGCAGCACCGACACGUUGGCCAAUGGCUGCAGAGUUGACUGUGAGGCCGCCAAGAGGCUGGCCAAGCGCCUGUAUCACCUCGACGGUUUCAAGCGCUGUGACGUGGCCAGACACCUGGGCAAAAACAACGAGUUCAGUCAGCUGGUGGCUUCCGAGUAUCUGAGUUACUUUGAUUUCUCCGGCCUGUCCCUGGAUCGAGCCCUGAGGAACUUCUUAAAGGCCUUUCCAUUGAUGGGAGAAACCCAGGAGAGAGAGCGGGUCCUCGUCCAUUUCUCCAGACGCUACUGUCACUGCAACCCACAGACACCCAGCUCUGAAGAUGGAGCCCACACAUUAACCUGCGCCUUAAUGCUGCUCAACACUGAUCUACAUGGACACAACAUUGGGAAGAAGAUGUCUUGUCAGCAGUUUAUCAGUAAUCUGGAUGGGCUCAACAAUGGCAAUGACUUCCCAAAAGAUUUAUUAAAGGUUUUGUAUAACUCGAUCAAGAAUGAAAAGCUUGAGUGGGCAGUUGAGGAGGAGGAGCUCAGGAAGAGUCUGUCAGAAUUAGUGGAGGAGCAGUGUGAGGGCGGGAGCAAGCGUGUUGCCAGGGUAACGGACGGCAGUAACCCUUUCAUCGCCAUUCCCAUCCUGCUAAACGCAGUCACCUACAAACACGGCGUGCUGACCCGCAAGAGUCACGCCGAGAUGGACGGCAAAAGAACUCCAAGGGGUCGGCGGGGUUGGAAAAAGUUCUACGCCGUCCUAAAGGGAAUGAUCCUGUAUCUCCAGAAGGACGAGUACAAACCUGACAGUGACAUUUCUGAGGUGGACCUGAAGAAUGCCGUACGGAUUCACCACGCGUUAGCCACGCCUGCCAAUGACUACAGCAAAAGACCCAACGUGCUGAAGCUGAAAACAUCUGACUGGAGAGUCUUCCUGCUGCAGGCCCCGAGUGAGGAGGAGAUGAUGUCCUGGAUCUUCCGGAUAAACCUGGUGGCGGCGCUCUUCUCAGCUCCAGCUUUUCCCGCCGCGAUCGGCUCCAUGAAAAAGUUCUGUCGGCCCAUCCUGCCGUCCUCAUCCACCAGACUCAACCAGGAGGAGCAGCUGCUGAGUCAUGAGAGCAAGCUAAAGCAGACCGGUUUAGAGCUGGAGGAACACAGAAAAAACCAGCCCUCGGCCGACCCAAAAAGCCGUGACUGGGAGGAGUACCGGCUUAAAGAGCACUACCUCACGUACGAGAAGACUCGAUAUGAGACGUACAUCAGCCUCCUGCAGGCUAAAAUCCGCGCUGAGACGGACGACCUGGAGAAGAUCGAGGCCAACGUGAUUGGUGGCCUAAUCUUGGACGGGAGCUUGGCAGGUCGAGAGUGCCACCUUCGAAAGACGCAGUCCUCGCCGUCCAUCAGCCAAUCCCAGGGCGGCCAGAACGGGCGGAGCGAUGGGAGCACGGUCCCAGGACAGAGGAGCUGAGAAAUGUGGAAGGAAGGAAGGCGUUGACCCCCUCAGCACUCCAGAAUCUUUAGUAAUUAGUAUGAUGUGUUUUGGGCUCCUCCGAUCCCCAGUGAACUGUCCCGCUCCUUCCCAGAUGUUAUCAAACCUGAUGAAUAUCCUGUCGUUGAGCAAUAGUUGAGGGAAGCUGUGGAACAUCUGUUCUCUCAGCUUCUAUUAUUGCACAUUUGGAACGAUCCUAGCUGUGAUCACCGUUUCAAGCAGCACCGUCAGUAUUAUUUUAGCAUCUCAGAGUCAGGCGCUUGUCUAGUUGAAGUGUCGUUAGCUCUGAGAAGAAGUUUAAGUUGUUUAAAAUGUUUAAAUAACAGGUCAGAAAGAAAGCAGGAACCGUCUGGUUUGCCUUUUUUGGCCCGUUUCUGUCCUUGUAUUUCAGCCCUGAAGUCACUCAGUGGGUAUAAGGAGACAGACACGGUACCACUGUAGCAUUGUUCUGUUUUAACUCCUGUAAUGCAUGCUUACACAGCCAAUGCACUGACAGGCAUGUACAGCGGUGGACCUACAGUACAGGUAGGGUGUGAAGAUGUAACAUAUCUAUCCUGCAGAGAACUCAGAAGGAUAAAAUCCCUGUUUAUCAUAUUUAUUUAUUUAUUUGACUCUCAAAACCUUAAUUUAGCCCAGAACAGGUUUACGCAACGCUUUGUUGUCCUUUUUGCAGGAAGUUUUUGUUUUACAUGCUUUGCUCUUUUGGAGGCUGCAAAAUGGGAAGAACUGUUUUUAGUGAGCUGCUCCACAAGGGGGCUGGAGGUUUAGUGCCUUACUGAAGGGCACCUUGGCUCAGAGCGAUCAAACGACUGCUCAGACUGGCAAAAAUACUGACAUGUAUUCGUUUUAGUUCGUUUUUUUUUUGUUUUGUUUUCAGGAAAUAAGAGGAUUUAGAGAAGUGCUGAAUUGAAAGAAAGAUCUUUCAAGCCAUUGUCCAUGUUAUCCUCUUACCGCUCCAUUUAUAUCCCAGCUGAACAGACACAACG